GCCCUCUCGCUCCCUCCUGCCGGCUCGCACUCGCAUGGCUGCCGCGGGGCCGCACCACGUGUUAGCCAGCCCGCGCUGGACUACGUUUCCCGUGGUGCCCUGCGCCUGCCGCGCAGGCGCGCUACCCCUUUCCCCUUACCCGCCCGUUGGGCGCGGUCCCGGAGACCCCGUAGCGAGGCCAGGGUGCACGCGCAGCGGCGGUUGGCGGGCGGCGCUGAGGGGAAGAGGGGGUCGGAGCCGCCGUUGCGCAGCUCGGGAGGGAAGCGGAGCCCGUGACCUUCCGCUGCUGCCGCCGUCGCCGCCGGGGCCUGAGGGAGCCGGGCCCGGCCCGGACGCUGCCUGGAGCCGCCGCCAUGAACAACGUGGGAGGCGCCGACGAGAUCGGAAAGUUGUUUGUGGGUGGCCUAGACUGGAGUACAACACAAGAAACUCUCCGUAGCUACUUUUCCCAGUAUGGAGAAGUUGUAGACUGCGUAAUAAUGAAAGAUAAAACAACAAACCAAUCUCGAGGGUUUGGAUUUGUCAAAUUUAAAGAUCCUAACUGUGUGGGAACAGUACUGGCUAGCAGACCACAUACGUUAGAUGGUCGAAAUAUUGAUCCAAAGCCAUGCACGCCUCGGGGAAUGCAACCAGAAAGAACACGGCCAAAGGAGGGAUGGCAGAAAGGACCCAGAAGUGAUAACAGUAAAUCAAAUAAAAUUUUUGUUGGUGGGAUCCCUCACAACUGUGGCGAGACUGAACUCAGGGAAUACUUCAAGAAAUUCGGAGUGGUCACUGAAGUUGUAAUGAUCUAUGAUGCAGAGAAACAGAGGCCCCGAGGUUUUGGAUUUAUUACUUUCGAGGACGAACAAUCAGUGGACCAGGCUGUCAACAUGCAUUUUCACGACAUCAUGGGCAAAAAAGUGGAGGUAAAACGUGCAGAACCUCGUGAUAGCAAAAGCCAAACUCCAGGGCCACCAGGUGCUAGCCAGUGGGGAAGCCGGAUCAUGCCAAGUGCUGCCAAUGGCUGGGCAGGUCAGCCCCCUCCUACCUGGCAACAAGGAUACAGCCCUCAAGGAAUGUGGGUACCAGCUGGACAGGCAAUUGGUGGGUAUGGACCGCCUCCUCCAGGAAGAGGAGCCCCACCUCCUCCACCACCUUUUACCUCAUACAUAGUUUCUACGCCUCCUGGAGGAUUCCCACCUCCACAAGGGUUCCCACAGGGCUAUGGCACCCCUCCACCAUUUAGUUUUGGAUAUGGUGCUCCACCUCCUCCACCUGACCAGUUUGCCCCUCCUGGAGUACCCCCUCCACCUGCCACUCCUGGGGCAACACCACUAGCUUUCCCACCGCCACCACCACCAUCUCAGGCAACUCAGGAUAUGAGCAAACCCCCAACUGCUCAGCCAGAAUUCCCUUAUAGCCAGUUUGGUUAUGGACAAGACUUGAGUGGUUUUGGACAAGGUUUCUCCGACCCUAGCCAGCAGCCCCCCUCCUAUGGAGGCCCCUCGGUGCCACCAUCAAGUGGCCCACCUGCAGGAGGAAGUGGUUUUGGACGAGGACAGAACCAUAAUGUGCAAGGAUUUCACCCCUACAGACGCUAGCACAUGCUGGCAAUCAGGGAAUCCUGUCCACAGUGGGAUAUCUGGUAGCAGCUGAAGCCAGGAAUCCCAGACUUCUGAACUUGUGACAAUCACAUACUUGAUGGAGGAAAAAUCUAACAACAUUGGGGGAGGGGAAUGGGAGAGGGGAUGGCUUUUGAAGGCAACGCUGUGGGUGUUUGGACUGCAGGUUUUAAAUAUAUUCCUUUCUCUAACCCAUCAGCACAAAUAAAGAAAAUGUCACUGGUUCAAACUACAGGGUUUUAAAAAUGUCUUCAGCUUUAAUUCAAAACUUCAGGUUUCUUUUUUUGAAAUUAUUUUUCCUGAGCCUUUGUUUUACCGUAUAUUGUAAACUUUUAUGUUUAAAGAAAAAUAUAUACAUUUACAGAUUGUGAAAUUUUUAAGAGAAAUUUUCUACUAUGUAUGCUGGCUUAUUUUUUAAUUUAAAACAGGGUUUCCGUUAGCAAUGUUGGAAGUGAUGGUCAGUUUCAACCCCUUUACUUCAAACAUAGUGGUGGGGCAGUUGGUCCAGAAACUCUGGGAGUUAGAAGAAGAAAUCUACUGAGUGUAUUUUGCUUUUGUUACCUGACAGUAUAGAACUGGUAACAAUGCAGGUGCAGACUUGUUGAUGCACAGAGUCACUUAUGAAGUACAGCAUUUAGAUCUGUGCUUCAAACUCUUUAAAAUCCUCUGUGGAUUUCAUUAGGGGUUAACGGAGGCCUUGUUAAGAUGUAGAUUUCCCUCAGGCAAAAGGUUUAGGUGCAUUUUGCACUAACCAGUGAUUACCCCUGGUUUGAAUAAAGAGAAGUACAUUUGGAUUAGAAACAUAAGCCUGUCUCCAUUUUUUUUUCUUACAAAUUUUUCCAUGUGAAUUGGGUUCUCAUGAAAGUUGCCAUAUUGACAGCCCUGGAAAAGAAUUCCUUGUGGGUAGAGCAUCAGUGCACCCUUACCCACACUUUUUGCCCUGUGCCUCAACCAGGAUCUUUAGGUACUGCCUAGAAGUGAAAGCAUAAUGCACUCUUCAUGCCCUUUUAGCCCUUAAUGCAAGUGAUAUGAUUGGAUUGAUGUAGGAUCUGGACUGAGACCAUUAAAAUUAAUUUCACAGGCUACUGAAGAACCUCAGUAGCUUUAGGUCAACACCAGACUGAUCUCGAGUUGAACUGGUAAUCUACAGGUGAAAGACUCAAUGUACCAUUAUGAGUCUCCAAAACCCUCUUCUGUCUCUUACAUCUGCAUGACUAUAAGCAGGAAUUGAUGCAUUACGGAGCAUUAGCACAUUAAAUUAGUGAUAUGCUUUAGUCUAGAAUUAAAGAUGGGUUAAAUUUCAAUAUUAUCAGGCUGCAAAGUAAUCUUAAAUCCUAAAUGUAGCAUGUAAACAUAUUUAAGCUCUCAAUUUAAGAGGUGAGGUCAAAGUAUAUAAAUGUCUAACAGAAGAAUAUAUCCAUCUCAAAGAAGAGGGUGGGACUAACUCCUCUGAGAUUUGGCAUUCCGUUUAUAUAUAUAUAUAAAAAAGCAGUGGCAAUAUAUAUAUUGCACUGUUCUCUGGAGUAUCCUUUUAAUUUCUCAUGUGUCCUUAUACAAGUCCAGGUAGUGUUACCUCCCCAUAUCAAGGAUCUGAUCUAUGAAAAAAUCCUUCACUGCAUAAUUCCUCUGGAAUCAGCUUUGUGCUGGUUUGAGCAGUGACAGUGGAUUAAACUCCAGUUGGUUGCAAAUUGCUAUGUGAGCUAGCUGCUUUAUUCAAGAAAGUGCUUCACGGGCAGGUCUUAAGGAGCUAAUGAACUGUGUUAUCACCUUCACAGAGCUGGGUUCAUGUAUGGUUCAGAGUGCAAACUAAACUAGUUUGAACUUGUAGGCUUGCGUGACACUUCAUCAACACGUCCAAAAUAUACCACAAAUCUACACCUACAUCAGCCACUCCCACUAUGCCCAGAUCCCCUCCAAACCCAUUCACUGGCUUCUCCUGAACCUCUGUGUCACAUUUAAGUUCCUUGUUCUUACCUUCAAACCCCUGCAUAACUUGGCUUCUACCUACCUCUCUGCAAGUAACUAAACAGCCCCAUCUUGCUUUUUCUUUCUUCCAUGCAGCCUCCUGUUCUGAGGAGCUCCCGCCAACCUGAAUUUUCAGUGCCUCUGCUAAGUCCUGUAAACACUUGAUUUGGCCUGUAAAUCUUAGUGUUAAAACUCAGAACUAACCUUGCAGCACCAGCACUGCUCUGUUGCUACUUGAUGUCCUUCAAUCUUCCAUCUUUUGUCUGCUGAUUGUGUAGAUUGCAAAGCCGGGGCUGGGUCCCUUGUCUUUGCAUGUCUAGUUCCAACUUGUUUUUAGCAUUGUCACCAUUUGUACUGCAAAGACAACUGGCACAUCUGGGGAAGGCUAUGGAUCAGAAUUUUAGAGACUGGAUGAAUUAGGUGCAAGCUUCUGAACACAAGUUAAUGUAGUUCUAUUAAUCCUGGAAAAUUUCACUUGCAGCAUUUCACAUCUCUGCUGCUACCUGCUGUAUGUGAGUUAUGCUUGUAAUCUCAGUACAAAUAUAACAAACUCUGUGACCCUUAGGUAGGGAGGAGACAGUUCAAGAAAAUUAAACUAAGCCCUUGUGUGUGUCUGUUUAAUUUUGGAUGCUAGCACUACCCUCUGAUCCCAUCUUUAAAUGUCACUUGACCAUAACUC